AUGGCUGACGUACCACCUCCCUCACUAUCCGAACUUAUGCGAAUGGUAGCUGAGCUACAACAAGCCAAUCAACGAAUGGCCGACGAAAAUCAAAUAAUGGCUGCUCAAAUCGCUGAACUGAACCAUGCUCGAAUAGAACAUAACGACACUCAUCACCAGCAACCAGAAGAUAAUGAGCAUCAUUCCCAGCCCUCUCAUGUCUCGGAGACUAUUCGACCCGACGAAGUUCAACCCGAAGAUGAAAAGGAAGAGUCCGACGAACUUGUAGGACCCUUCACAGAAGAAGUGAUGAACUUCGAAUUGCCGAAGAGAUUCACCCUACCACUAACCCUCACACCUUAUGAUGGGCUCGGAGACCCGAAGAAAUUUCUCAAAAAGUUCCGAUCAAUAAUGAUUGUCAAUGGUACAUCAGAUACUGUUUUAUGCCGUUGUUUUCCAAAUUAUUUAGACGGUCCUGCACUUGACUGGUUGUGUGCUUUGCCUGCAGGUUCUAUCUCGCAAUUUCAGCAGCUGGCGAAGCUAUUUGAAGAGCACUUUGACGGAUCUGCAAUUUACCUUCAUGACUCGGAUUAUCUGAAUACAAUCAAGCAAGGCCAAAAUGAAAGCCUGAAGGAUUACAUGACUUGCUUCACCAAGGUCGCUAUUAGCAUACCAGACCUUCACCCUGAAGUCCAUCUUCACGCAAUCAAAAGUGGACUCCAGCCUGGGAAGUUCCAAGAAACCAUUGCUGUGGCUAAGCCGAAGACUCUCGCCGAGUUCCGCGAAAAGGCCAAAGGCCAAAUUGAUAUCGAGGAACUAAGACAAGCUCGAAAGUCAGACAAAACACAUUUUAGAGACGACGACAAGGUCCAAAGCAAUAAGAAAAAUUUUAAGCUAACUCCCCGAUUUGAUUCUUACACGCAGUUCAACACCAAACGUGAGGACAUCAUAAAAAAAAUCCUGAAUUUAAAGUUAAUCAAACCACCAAGGAAGGUCGGUACCUAUCAAGAUGCUAAGAACGUGGAUAAGUCCAAAUAUUGUGCAUUCUACCAAAAGCACGGCCACACUACCGACGAUUGUGUAGUGACAAAAGACCUCUUGGAAAGAUUGGCUCGGCAAGGCCACCUCGACAAAUAUAUUGGAGGCCACAUGCAUAAACGUCCCACAUCUACAACCAAUGACCUACCUGAACAACCACAUCGGGGCAAAGAAAAGGCAACACCGAGCAAUUACAAAAGGCCCCGAGGUAUAAUUAAUUGUAUUUUAGGAGGAUACGCCAACGGAGGACACUCAAAUUCAGCUAGGAAAAGAUCAUACCGAGCAAUACGCUCGGUGGACAGCCCAGGCGGUGGAACUGAGGUCAACACCCCACUCCCACAAGUCACAUUCACACACGUGUUAUGA